AUGGCGGCACAACUCCUCCCUCUGGAACUCAUCGACAAGUGUGUCGGCUCGAGAAUUUGGGUUGUCAUGAAGGGCGACAAGGAGUUCAGUGGCACACUCCUCGGGUUCGAUGACUACGUCAACAUGGUUUUGGAGGAUGUCACAGAAUUCGACUACUCGGGGAAUCACACGAAGCUGUCCAAGAUUCUUCUGAAUGGCAACAACAUUUGCAUGCUGAUUCCUGGAGGGGAGGGACCAGUGAACGCAUGA